AUGGUAACGUCAAGUAAGGCUUACGAAGUUAAUGUUGCAGCUGCAACAAGAGAUUAUUAUGUUGUACCAAGAGUGGAAUAUCGCACUGUAACGGGUGUUCAAGGCCCACUAGUUAUUCUUGAUAAUGUUAAGUUCCCAAGAUACAAUGAAAUUGUACGUAUAACACUUGGAGAUGGGUCUGUUCGUGAAGGACAAGUAUUAGAGGUAAGAGGAAGUAGAGCCAUUGUACAGGUUUUCGAGGGAACAACGGGAAUAGACAAUAGGUCAUGUCGUGUAGAAUUUAGUGGUGAUGUUCUAAGGAUGCCAAUAACUGAGGAUAUGCUUGGACGUGCUUUUAAUGGUAGUGGUAAGCCAAUUGAUCACGGUCCAGCAAUAUUUGCAGAGGACUAUAUUGAUAUUAAUGGAAGUCCAAUUAAUCCAUACUGCCGUGUUCAUCCAAGAGAGAUGAUUCAAACUGGAAUUUCAGCUAUUGAUGUGAUGAAUUCAGUAGUUCGUGGCCAGAAAAUCCCCUUAUUUUCAGCAGCUGGACUACCACAUAAUGAGAUUGGUGCUCAAAUUUGUAGACAAGCAUCAUUGGUAUCUGGGAAAGAUGUAAUGGAUCAUUCUGAUGAUAACUUUGCAGUAGUAUUUGCAGCAAUGGGUGUUAAUAUGGAAACUGCUAGAUUUUUUCGUCGUGACUUUGAAGAAAAUGGUUCUAUGGAGCGUGUUUGCUUGUUUCUCAAUUUAGCAAAUGAUCCUACAAUUGAGAGAAUUCUUACUCCUAAACUUGCCCUUACAACUGCUGAAUACUUGGCAUAUGAAAAAGAUUUACAUGUAUUUGUUGUUAUGACAGAUAUGAGCUCUUACGCAGAUGCUCUUCGUGAAGUGUCCGCUGCUAGAGAGGAAGUACCAGGCCGUCGUGGAUAUCCUGGAUAUAUGUACACUGAUUUAUCAACAAUCUAUGAACGUGCGGGACGUAUUGAAGGGAGGAAUGGUUCUAUCACCCAGUUUCCUAUACUAACUAUGCCAAAUGAUGAUAUUACACAUCCUAUUCCAGAUCUUACAGGGUAUAUCACAGAAGGACAGAUAUUUGUUGAUCGGGCACUAUACAACAGACAAAUAUAUCCACCAAUAAAUGUUUUACCUUCAUUAUCUCGUCUAAUGAAAUCUGGUAUUGGCGUUGGUUUAACUAGAGAAGAUCAUCCAUCAGUUUCAGAUCAGCUAUAUGCAAAUUAUGCUAUCGGACAGGAUAUAAGAGCCAUGAUGGCAGUUGUUGGCGAGGAGGCAUUAUCAUCUGAUGAUCUACUAUAUCUAGAAUUUACAAAUAAAUUUGAGUCCAAAUUCUUAUCUCAAGGACCAUAUGAAAAGCGUGAUAUAUUUGAGAGUUUAGAUCUUGCAUGGGAAUUACUCAGGAUAUUCCCAGAGGAUAUGCUGAAAAAAAUAAAAUCUGAUUUGUUACAAAAAUAUUAUCCAAGAGAUAGAUAUAUUCAACAACAAACUAGCUAG